ACGCGGCGUUCCCUGCAGUGGCACGGCCAAAAGCGGGGACGCUGCAGGAGCUGCCUCCCACCUGCACCGGGCCACGAGCCUCUGGCAGCUCCCCUGCCAGCAGGAUGAAAUAACCCCACUGCCCUCGACCUGAAAUGAAACUGGCCCCGCAGCCUGCAGUGUUGUGUUUUGGGCUUUUCAGCAGCAGAAUGGCUGGAAGCCACCGCAGGAUAACGAGCUGGUUUUGGUGCUGGUUCGGGGCAGUGGGGGUAGCGUCGCGCUGCAGAAGGCAACAACAGCGGUGCUUGUACCCGCGGGAACCAGCACCAGUGCAGAGCUCUCAGGAUGGAACCGAACCUCUUGGGUCACGCAAAGGAGGAAUAAGAGGGUCUGCGAGCAGGCAAUCGCCUGAACACACGGAGACCCCAGGGAGCAUGAGCUGACAGUUUUGCACCCCUCUGCACCAUGCUAGUUACCUUGGAGGGUACAAGCAGCAGUGAAGACAGCUCAAUGAUCACCUGCAGCUGCACAAAUGACUUCCCAGGGGAAUUUCUUAGUUGUAAAUUGUUAUUUUUGGUGGUCCUGCACCAACAUGUGGUUCUAAGGACCCAGCUAUAGCUGCAAACAAGGAAGAGAAGGUGGAUGCAGUGGGCAAUCAACAAUCCAUGUUUCUCUUUGCUAUUGGGUGCCCUGCUUAGAAAAAACUUGCAGAGAAGAUGAAGUGCAAGCUUUUUAGAUUUCCUGGAAGAGUUUUAAACAAGAAGUGUCUUCUCCCAGCACUUGGCCACUGUCAGGACAAACCGCAGUGGAUGAAUGCCCAAGGACACGUGAUGGGCAAUGGACGCGGCACACAGCUAUGCCACAUCUCCUGAGACAAACCUGAGGGGACCUGGCUCUGGGGAUGAGCACAAAAAUUCCGUCCCCUCCACAAUGCCCGACACCAUCCAGCUAUGCUCCCAGCGCAUUUAAUAUAAUACAUCUCUGCUCAAGCCUUAAGGAGCAAUGGAAACCACGACACCAGCCUUGUCCCCAGCCUGGCUGUAACCCAGAGGGAGAGCUUUAUAACAGGACAGGAACAUCACCAAAGCCCAGCAAGCUGCUUCUCGCUGCUGCUCUGGGCACUUACGCCCACAAAGGAAACUUCCCCCAUUACCCCUUUCUGAGCACAUUUGCCCCUCUCCAGAAUUUGGUUUCCCAAAAGCGGAAAGGGGCUGGUGCAGGACCCUAAAGGCAGGGAGCCAGAAUUGCUCUGGGUGAGGAAGGAAACUUUCCCAUACAUUCAGGUUUCCGGAUGAUGAUCGUCCCUACCAGCAGUGCCAGGGAUGCUCCUGGAGCUCCCAGCACUGCCAGCAUGGAGGGGCUCCCGGGUCCCCCUGCUGUCAUCAGAAGACCCCACAGGCAAGCUGUGAAGCUACAGUGGACAACAGCAGCGCACCAGCCAGCAUAUGGCACAGCACAGGUGACAGCACUGUGCUGGCAUCUCAGUGGCCAUCCUUUGGAGGGGAUGGGGGCAGAGGAGGCUCGGCACGUCUAGACAAAGCCAACGGCUCUGGGAAGUGCCGGGGCAGCUGGUGAGCAGCAGCAGCACCAGGAGGUUUCUGUGUCCUGCUGUGAUGCUCUGCACUUAGUGCCGUCUGUGCGCAUCCUCCCUACCCCACAGAAAUCCUUCUUCCUUCUGACACCAUUUCUGCUCUCAAGAUCUUGGCUCAUCCAAGUGCUGAACAUCUUGUCUCUGCCAAACCAGCACAUUGUGUCCACGCAGAAUGAGACAGCCCCAUCAAGACACAGAAACGUCCACAGGGGACAGGUGCAGGGAGAAGCGAAAGGAAGCCCAAGCAGGGAAGAUCCCAAUGCACCCACCUAAGCGAGCAGGUCUUAGCUUCAGAAACUCAGUACAGAAAGGAGAAUUUGCAGAGGAUGCGAACAUCACACUAGGUUAGCAGCCACGUGAAAUACAAGCAUAUAUCUCAACAUAUGGUAGAAUUUUCACUUCUGGUGAUUUUUUCUCCUUGCUCAGAUGGCUUUGCUCUGUCCAAAGAUUUAUUCUACUGAGGUUGAAGCAGUGAGCAGCACUGAAUCACAGCAAGGGAAACACCGACAAAAGGGAGAAAGCUGUUGCAACAGCCAUGGCAGCAGUGCACCCCGUACGGCCAUGCACUGGCAGGACAGCACGAGUGCAGGAUCUGGCAUCCCUGUUACUCAGCUUCCCAUUAAAACAACCAGCAAUGACGGCAAAAGAAAAGGGGAGCUGUCAGGCAGGUGCCAAAGCCAGGCAGCCAUGUCUCCGGGGCUCGCGGAGCGGCUCCCACCCAGCAGGGAGCCAGCCAGGGCCAGCACACAGCAGCAGCACAUCAGAGACACCACGCAUUGCUGUGUCCUCAUGUUUCCCACAUUUGCAACACCAGCAAAACUGAGACACUUUACCAAGCACACAUGAAGAAAAGGGACCACCAGUAAAGUUAUUUCGACAUAUCCCCAAGCCAAUGGACAUCAACAGGGCAGAGCCACUGUGCAAUGUGAUGACCACCACAGGAGCAUCCCACCACGAGAGCUUCAUAUGGUGCUCUUUUUCCCAAGCUGACUCUUCAACCACAGAAAACGGGUAGUGCCAAACCCAAUUAGGUGUCCAGGCUCACUGGAAGCCUAUUUUGACAUGCUUUCUAUCUGUGGGGGCUCUUUUAGCCCAAGAUAUUGCUCCUGCUGCCAUGGGACCUGCAGGUUUGGAAGCAAGGAUGGAAUGAGCCUGCGUGCACGUGGAAACCUGGUAAAAUCUACAUUUUGAAAGCCAUUUGAAAAAAUGGAUGAACCUUUGUAAAGAAAAGUCACUUUCAAAAAAAAACAAACACCAAAACCCGAAAAACAAAACCCAAAAAACCACCCAGCAUGAGGUUUCUAUGAUAAGACCUCAGAAAGAAGAAGUUUGACAAACACUGUGGAUGACCAAUGUGUGGAAGAUCUGAGCACUGCCUGUCAAGUUCCCUAAACUAGAGAGAAAGCAAGAAUUAUGCAAAAAGAUGAAAGCAGUAAGCCAGGAAAUUGCAGAGCUGAACUCUCACAAGAACUAAAAGCCACGCAGGGACUGAGCCAGCCCUUCGGAAGAGCACCUCCUAGAAACACGCGCCGUGUCGUUUGUCACCAAGAGCCUUGCUCUGCGUAGUGCCACAUCCCACGUUAAACCCUGAGGUUUGUAUAAGGACCAGUGUGGCCAGCAGGUCUAGGGAAGUGAUUGUCCCCCUGUGCUCGGCUCUGGUGAGGCCGCACCUCGAGUGCUGUGUUCAGUUUUGGGCCCCUCGCUACAAGAAGGACAUGGAGGUGCUCAAGUGAGUCCAGAGAAGGGCAACGAAGCUGGUGAGGGGUCUGGAGAACAAGUCUUACGAGGAGCGGCUGAGGGAGCUGGGCUUGUUCAGCCUGGAGAAGAGGAGGCUCAGGGGCGACCUUAUCGCUCUCUACAGCAACAAUUCCGACAUGUUUCCGGCCUUGGUUUCCUUUAUAAAGUGGGCUGAACCCAGGGAUCCUGCAUCAGUCACAGCAACAGGCCCUUUGCAACAGUCUAGCCUGACUCCUACAGUUUCUCUCCACCAAAGAGCAUGAAGUCCUCCACAGCUGCCCUUGCUGUUCUUGUUGUGGCUGCCCUCUGCUGCCAGGUCCUCUCUUCUCCAGCUGCUGUCAACUUCUCCGGUCCCUGCUGUGUCAAAUACUUGAGCAAAAAUUUUCCCUCGAGACACGUGACAAUGUAUGAGUACACGAGUAUCCACUGCCCCCAGCCAGGCGUGAUAUUCACCACAUUCAAGGGCAAGUCGUUCUGUGGCAACCCCCAAGAUGAGUGGGUCCAGAAUAUCCUGAAACAGCACAAGGACCAGGCUGGCAGUGGAUGAGCAACGCCCUGCUCCCUUCAAGCAUCACCUCUGCCGAGGAACUCUUCUUGUGGUCAACUCUGAGACAUGUCCCUGUCCUCUUAUCACCUGUGAAUUUUGUAGACUGUUUGCUAUGGUGUUUAUUUAAGUGCAUGAAAAGGCAUCUUAAUUUAUUUGUUAUUUUCAGGCAAACUUUUUGUUCUAAUUUGUACUGAUUGUAUUUCAGUUAUUUUUGAAUAAUAAAAAUGAUCAAAACCUG